AAGCGCCGCGGCAGACGGCGAGGGCGGGGCGCCGCGACAGUCGCAGUCUUUUGCGCCGCGGCAGUUCGCGGUUAGAUUGCAGUCGCCGCUCCCGCAUCUUGCGUUGCUGGCGGACUUGGCCGCGGCGCUCGGGACUGCGAAGGGCUUCGAAGCGGGGUCGGGCGGGCCCGCGGAACGUUGGAGCUCCGACAAGGGCUGGGGCGAGUUCGGUGGCCAUGGGUGCGCCGGGGCCCUCGUGGAGACCCGGGCAGGGAUUCGUCGGCGCAGGAUGGCCCCCGGGCUCUCGUGGGCCCAGUGGAGCAUAGGGGCCGCCGUCGGCCCGUGGCGGCCGCGCGCCCUCGCGGCGCCCUGA